AUGGAUUACGCGUACAGAGUUCUUCGAAAUGUAAAGUACUUUUACAACACGAUUAAUCCUGCCACUUUGUCAGGUAUUGUUUUUUUCUCAUCGAAAUGAAUAAUUUUCAAGUUUUGCAGGUGCAAUCGACGUGGUGGUGGUUGAACAGCCGAACGGCGAGUACAAAUCCACGCCUUUUCACGUUCGUUUCGGAAAAUACGGCGUUUUUAGCUUUAACGAUAAGGUUGGUUUUUGUAUAGAGGAAUAAUUCAAGAACUUUGACAUUUUCAGUAUGUGGACAUUUCGGUUAAUGGCGAAGAAAUUGACUUGAAAAUGAAAUUGGCCGACAGCGGCGUCGCUUUUUUCGUCGAGGAAACUGAAGAAAAGGUUGAUAUUUUAUUUUAUUUUUAUUUUUUUGAUUGAAGCUAAACGGAAUGGAAAUCAUAGCUUGUUUUUUUCCUACAGGAAGCCGUUUUAAAAUAAUGUUGUAUUAGAGGUUUCGCGAAGUCGUUCAAAUGAUUAAAGAUGGGAACUCUUAUGAAUGAUUAGAACUUUUGCUUUUUUUUAUUUCUUUUUCCACGUGCUUCGAAGAAGUCCUAAGUGAAGCCAAACAAUAGUUUCAAUGUUUAUUUCGAAUCAUCAGCUUUCAAAUAAAAAAAAGCUUAUUAUUAUCAUUUAAGUUUAAGCUCCACUACUUUUUUUUAUCAGUUUUGGUAUAGAAUUUUGUUUUUCUAAAUCAAUUUUUUUUAAGCACAAGUGUUAGUAGUUUCAUUGCUUCACUUAUUUUUCAGUGCGCUAUUUUUUUUUCGCGUAGACAAGUGCAGAACUUUCUAUAAAAAGGCUACAGGUUUUAAUUUCACGUUCAGGUUCCUGACUACUUGCUGACGUCGCCGCUUCCCGAGCAAGAGUCGCCCGGACAGACGCCAAGUGCCGUCGACAAGGUCCUGGCCGAGAGUUUGAAGAAGCUGGAGCAGGUCGAGGCGAACGAGAAGAACGACAUUGUGAAAAGCCGCUCUUCAAGUCCCGACGGCGGCAAAGUCCACCGAAAACCCCAGACCGAGUUCGUUUCCGCAUUCCUUUCUUCAAAAAUUCAUGCUUUUCCAGGCAAUCAUUGAGCCAGGCUCAACGAAAGCAAACCCUCCCCUUCAGUUCUUCCGUUUUCAGUGACAGAAAAUACAGGUUUGUCUUUUAAUAGUUUACUCACUGGCAUUUCUAUCGAGAAAUUAAAUUUUAUAAGAAGUGAAAAAAGAUGGUGGGCAGAAGAAUAAUACAAACGAUGAUUCUGACCUCAACAAGUUUAAGAUUAAAAUAGAAAUGUCUAGAUCUCUGCCUGACCUGACAGUGUUGGCUGAUGAGAGCGCCGCUUAUCACUCUGACGACGAAGGAUCCUCGAAACGUCGAAGCAAGAAGGACCGCCAAAGGAUGAAGGCUCGAGGCAACGCCUUCAACGGCCAGACCCACAAAAAAGUGUUCCUCCACUCGAGAUCCCAGACCUCGGCUCUCGACAAGGUAACAACCGAUAUGGUCUGAUGAUAUUUCGAAUUUCAAGCCACAGUACCUUUCGGAGCCGAUUAGAUAUCGCGCGCGGCGAUGGUCCUUUAAUAUUGCUACAUUUUUUGAACUUUUACGAUCUUACAGCUAGAAAAAUAGCCAAAAACUCAGCGCUAUUCAGGGAUCAUCCGAUUUUGUGACGAUAAUCAUUAUCGUCACAUAAAAUCGAAGUGUAUGAUACUGUAGCAUCUUGAAAUUCAGAAUAUGAUCAUAAUGUUUCAAGACUCUAAGAAAUCCUUUCUUUCAGAUGGAAACUGAUGAGAUUUUCGAAACGCUAUGCAAUGACCCCAUCGCUCCAGAGCCAAGGAAGCCGUUGAGAAAGAAGAGUCGCGUCGCUUUCAAUCAUCCUCUCAGUCAACCCAUUCAUAUCCAUGUUGAGGUUUGAUUUUUCCACUGAUUAGUUGGAUUUAAGCUCUGAAAGUCUUGUUUUUUUAAGCGAAAACGAUCGUAGAAGUUAACUUUUUAAUGAUCGCUGGAAUUUUAAAAAAAUCAUGAGUUUUUUUGAGCUUUAGAAAAGUUUUCAAGAUGGAAAAGAAUAUAUUGAAAAAGACGCUGGAAAUGGAGUUAGACUCACAAUAACUUUUAAAUAAACGGUGAAAAGCAUGCAACCUGAAAAAAAGGAGCAAAAAAUAGACGAGGUAUCAAAAAAAAGCCUGAGAAGAUUCAGGAAGUAUGUGAAAAAAAAGGAAAAACUUUAAUUCUAGAAGUUUUCAAAUUUUCUUUUUUCCAAAAAUUACUAGCUAAUUUCCUAUUCCUCAGGAUUCCGAUUCGGAACUUGAGUCUUCGGUGACGUCAUCAACAGCCUCCUCUCCCUCGCCUUCGAUAAUCGAUCAACGCGAAGCUGAUCGGAUUGCCGAUGGCGCUCUUUCUGAUUCUGAAGUCGACCGCCAUAGGACAGGCACCCCAGAACCGGUAUUCUGAUCAUCUCCUCCAAUGACUCAUUGACAAUUUCAGCACGACGUGACGGACUGGAAAUGGGGAGAGCUGCCGGAGACGCGCGAACUCAACAAACGGAAGCUGCAGGAGGAGAAGAAGAACCAGAGCAAGGCCUCGUCCUGGAGCUGGUGGUGGCGGUCGGCCAACACCAAGGCCGACCCCGAAAACCCAGAGAUUCCGACGGCCCGGGACCAGGGAAUCAUGCUCGACGACCUCCUCAACAAGGCGCAGACCGACCCCGUCAACAUUGAAAAGUAUCUUGGCCGUCCUGCCAGCAUGUUCGUCCUUUUAGCCUUUCAGAAAGGAUCUAGAACGUAGAACUGUUGAAUGUAAUUUCGGGCAGCUUUUUUUCCGGGUUAUUUUGUUCAAAUGAAGCUCCAAACACCUUUUCACAGGCAUUCUGGGCUUCUUAGUUGAAAAAAAGAUUUUGAGACAGAAUUUUCACUACUUUUAAAUAGUUUAAAUUGAAAAGAAAUUGAAUAGAAACUUUAGAGUUCUACGAAUUUGCAACCAGUUGCUUAAAAAAACCUUCGUUCAUUUUUUUAGACAGGGCUAGUCAUUUAGAAUAGCUCAGUUCUGCCCUCUCUGUCUUGGAGAAAGAUUCUAUCCAGCCAACCCUCAGAACCGGUUGAUGUUAUUGUUUUCAGAGCGUCAGUAGAUAGUGGACACGUUUCGCGAGGCGUCUCUCAGCCCUCGUCACCGACGACGCACACGCGAGCCGAGAGUGGCAGCGACGCCACGUUCGGAGAAAAGACGCCGACGCGGGAGAGUGUCGUGCUCGCGACCCCUUCAGUCGCCAACGACCAUCGUUCGCGAAAUGCCAGCGACGGCCGUAGCAGGGCCUCCAGCGACGACAUUUUGUCAGUUUUAUCUUCCCUAAAAAAAUAAUAAGAUUAACUUUUCUAUACCUUAAAGCUUGUCUAUAGCCUAUCCUUAGUUAAUAUAGAACUUAAUAAAAAGUAAGUGUUUAGUCCACUGAGUGAAGACGAAGCGGAAAAUGAGAAAGGAACGGCGCUUGUCACCACCCAAUACAUGCAGUCCUUACGUCUUUCUUCCGAGAAACUCAAAGCCUUGAACCUGAAACACGGAGCGAACGAGUGUCGAUUCUCCAUCACCACCAAGUUUCAGGUAUUGAUCGACACGUUUUCCCAUUUAGAAAAGCAAAAAUUCUGAAUAACGAAGAUGAUUUUUCUGUUUAAUUUUUAAGUUUGAUCGCUUCUCACCCCUUUUCCUCAUGGACUUUCCAUCUGAUCUUUGAGAAAGUUUUUCAUAGCGUUUUCAUCGAAUAAACCAAUUUCACAUUUGGGAGCACCUUCAAAAAACCUUUUUAAGCUUCAUUCAAUGAUUUCUGUAUUCAUCCAUUCAUGUAAAGUGCGAACAAUAAAAUGGUUUGAAGGGUACCACGUGGUGCAGUUGCAACAUCUACCUGUACAAAUGGUACGAACAAAUCGUGAUUUCUGACAUCGACGGCACGAUAACGAAAAGCGACGUCCUCGGCCACGUCAUUCCUGCCAUCGGAGGCACCUGGGCUCACGCCGGCGUCGCCGAACUCUACAGUCGCAUCAAGAAUAAUGGGUUCGCGAUCAUUUCAAAUCGAAACACUCGAGAAUCUCUCCAAAAAUGCGAAUUUCCGGGCUUAACUGCGUUCCUCCUUUAUCUUCCUAAAUUCUUGUGCUCGAUUUUUGCAUUCCACAAUUUUUCAUAAGUAUAUCGAUGAGUAAAAUGGAGAAAACCUUCCAAAAAAUGAAAUAAAACGAAAAAAGUAUUCCGGUUCCAAACCCUUAUUUUCAAUUUUUAAAAAAAGAGGAUGAAUAUUCAUUCCCUCUGACUGUCCUCAAGUUCUCCAUAAAAAUUUUUUUCACUUUUUAUACAAAAUGAAUAUAUAAACUUAGUUAUGGUGUAAUGUAGGAUGACAGUUAGCGCAAACCGCUGGAAGUCGGGGGCAGGCAACAUAGGGGUUGUAGUUGGUUUUUUUUUUCGAUCGUAUCACUUUUCGUUUAGUCCAUUCACGGGGGUGGGAGCUCUCUGGCUUUCCGUCUUAAAGGUGGACAAUAUCAAAUUCCUGCCGCAAAUGUUAGGCAAGCACUUUGCUAUGUCCGACCAUUUGGCGGGAACAUUUUUGAAUAAAAUCCUUCGUUUCGGCGGAGGUGAAAGUAUAAUAUUAAAAUUCCGUAGAAACUUGAAAAAUUACCAAAUUAAAAUGGUUCCGAAAAAUCUCUAUCUAUUUUUCACCCUUUUUCUCAAUUCCUCAGGUUGGCUGUUUAUACAGUGUACGAUAACUAAAUGUAUAUUUAAAAAAUACAAUUUCGAAAUUGAUCAAGUUGUUCAGGUACAAAAUGGUGUACCUGUCCUCGCGAGCGAUCGGCCAAAGCCACACGACGAAACAAUACCUGAAAAGCAUUGCUCAGGACUCGAAACAGCUGCCCGAUGGCCCUGUCCUUCUCUCCCCUACCAGUAUCAUCACUGCUUUCCGGAGGUUCUCUAUAAGUACCAAAUUGAUCACGUUAAGUGUGUUUGUUGUAGAGAGGUGAUCGAAAGACGGCCCGAAGAGUUCAAAAUCGCAGCGCUGAGCGAUCUCAAACAACUUUUCCCCACUGCAAAUCCAUAUUAUGCCGGAUUUGGUAAUCGCGACACUGUAUGUUUUCAUUUUUAUUUUUGGCGGAACAUUCCGAAUAAUCGAAAAGGGAAUUUUUUCUAACAAUCAAAAUUUGAUGAUAGGAUGUUGUACGAUGUUGUAACGAGGACAAAGUAGGAAUAUAAAGUCCAUGGCUAUAGAUAAUGUACUUUUUUUUUAAAAACUUUUUGAAUUUCUACGUACUUUGGGGGAAUCUGUGGGCUAUAAAACUAAUGGACAGGUUUGACCAAGUAUGGAAAAUAAAAACAAAUAAAUCUAACUAGCCAGACGAUCCUCGGGGUUUCAAAACCUCGCAAACCUCUUGGAAAUAUUAUAGAUUGUUGGCUCAAAACAUAUUUCGAUUUUUACAGGACGUGAAGUCGUACAGAGCAGUGAGCGUUCCUGCCGAGCGGAUCCUCAUCAUCGAUCCGACGGGCCGCGUCCGCCGCUCCGACUCCGUCGGCUACGUCAGCAGCUACACGACGAUGGCCAACGAGACUGUCGACUUCGUCUUCCCGCCACUUUCUAUCAGGUUCCCGAAUAUCCUCAUAUUCCCUGACAAAUCGUUAUCUUUCCAGCGUCCGAGAUCAACGAAGACUCGAGAGGUUGAGUUCUACCUGGAGCCGACCGCUCGAGCAUAGGUACGGCUUUACUUCCUUUUCUUUCAAAAAUCAAAAAUUUAAAACUUUGCAUAUUAUUUUUUUUAUCUUUUUGAUAAUUUUUGCGAAACGCUUUAAAAUGGAAUUUGAAAAAAAAUUUCACAGGUAAAUUUUCUGAGAGUUGAAAUGCCGUCAAUUUUCAAGGGUCUUCAGAAAACUAGGAGUUAUUUUUCUCCUUCACACAAUUUUUUGAAUGUUUUUCUAUUCGUCGAAAUGUUUCAAGUCGGAAAAAAAAUCAGAGUCUUGAAAAGAGAUUUCUCAAUUUUUGGUCAUAUUCUUGGAACUUUCGUAGAAAAUAUAUGUUAUUUAGCGAUUUCACCCAUUGGCAUGCGGCUAGCGAACAAAUGAGCCUCGUAGAUGAUGAUCUUCUGAAGUACGAGGAAGUUCGCAAGACCUCGAUCAAGGAGGCCAAAGCACUACGCAAAUAA